AUGUAACCAUUGUGUGAUUAAGAAAUUAUAUAAUGUUUUUAGAUACUAAGACAGAAAGUAACAAUGGAAGCUUAAAAAAGAAAUCACGAGUUCUGUGUCAGCAGCUUUGUAAGAAUACACAGUCAGCCGUGCAGCUUAGGAGACCUAUCAGGAUGUUUUUCAGAAGCACGACAUCAUCAGAGACCUGAUAGAAUGCUGACAGAUGCAGAAUGACCAUUAUGAGAUCAUAUUAAGAACUGUUAUAAAUAGGGUUUUAGAACCAGUUAUCGGUGUGCAUUCACCUUGAGGCAAGCUCAUUGUGUUAUACUCUGUUAUAGAGGGUGCAUCAGGAGAACAAACGCAGGCUUACACUAGGAGAGUUUGAAUUUUAUUUCUUUCUACUUACGCUAGAAUUGUUUGACUAUUUGAAGGAGAUUUUGUUUGUAAUUUUCUUUUCUUUUCCUUUACAUAUAUUACACACAUCUAUUUGUAUUACACUACUUUUAAUAAAAACAAGGCCUCCCAUUGUGAGGAUCCUGAAAACACAAAAAGGUCUAAGUCUGACUCCUUCAUCUAAAGGUUCAAACAAUAGAAUAGGUAGAAGAACUUGGAGCAGAACCUUUGUUAGAAGACCGAGGGACUUCGAAGGAUAUCUGCGUUCAAGAUGGGUGUGAAACACACUCCCUGAUUCUAUGGGAAAUGAAGAAUCUGGAGAUCGGCUUGAGAAAACUCAAAACAAAGGCUUAAAAGUGGGGUGUGAUAUGAACCGAAGGUGAAGGCUCGUCCCAAUAGCAGGUACAUACUAAGUGCAUAAUCAUGUCAUACUUGGCACCAACCUAUACAAUUGGAGGGCAAGGAGGAAGUGAAUUUGAUUUUGAUGGUAUUGCAAAUGGAGCCACACUAAAACAGAUCUGGGUGUGGGCUGGUGGCUGGCAGAUAAAAGCCGUCAAGGUUUGGCUGACUGAUGGCCGGUCCAUGCAAUUUGGUGAACCUGGAGGGAGGCUUUCACAGUUUGAAUUUGAAGAUGGAGAACAUUUCUCCUCCCUUUCACUUUGGGGAAAUGGAGCUGGAACACGUCUGGGUGCCAUCAAAAUCAAGACAAAUAAGUCCCGAGAGUUCUUUCCAAAAAUGUCAGACUGGGGGCUGAAAACAGAAUAUCCAAUUGAUGUGGGUUCUGGGAUCUGCAUGGGAAUCGGAGGUCGCGCUGGUGCAGAUAUUGAUUGCCUAUGCUUUAAAUUCAUCAACACCAUCAAGUCUACCAAGCUAACAAAUGUUCAUUAUCCCACACUUCACAGUUUGUUACCUAAUGUUGCUGUUGAGGAAAUCAAAUCCAUGACGUACCAUAAUAAUUCUACUGAAUCUCAAGAAUAUACAAUAGAAACCUCCAAAAAAAUCACCAAAACGUCAUCCUGGUCUGUUAGCAACAAGCUGGAAGCCUCGUUUCACCUGGAAGUUCAGGCAGGAGUUCCAGGGCUUGUGGAAAUUUCAAGUGGAUUCAGUCUCACAGUGGGAACUGAGAGCUCAUAUGGUUUAGAGAACACUGUGGAGAAAACUGAGCUGUUCUCAUUUCCUGUUAAAGUUCCUCCAGGGAAAACCAUAGAUGUGGACAUCACUAUUGGCCGAGCUGCAUUUGAUCUCCCCUACACUGGAACAGUCCAGGUUACCUGCUACAAUGGCAGUGUGCUGGAGUUUAAAACCAGUGGAACCUACAAAGGUGUCACUUACACUGAUGCAAAAAUUACGGUGAUAGAAUCAGGAAAAAACAUGUAAAUUCUGUAUCAUCUGAAAGAGCUUGGCACAGACACAAAUCUAUUGAUUUGUAUAAUCAAUAUAUAUUGAAAAAAUAGAACAAAUCUCAGUUAAUUUUUUGUAAAGAUAUGGUGGGAUUGUACCAACCUCCUUUAUUUAGAUAAGCCCAAAGCUAGUCCAUGGAGAUUUUGUUCAUAAGUAUAACAACAGAUAAUUCAUAAUAAUACACAACCAUUAUGUAUAAGACAUGUAAUACAUUUAUUUUUAAAGAAGCCAUGUACCAAAGUACCUUACCAAGGUACUUAAUUCCAAGGUACAUAUGGUAAAAUAAGGAUAAACCGCAAGAUGUGUUAUCAAUAAAAUAAACAUUAUUUUGAUCAAUCAAACCAACAAGCUGAUAGCAGCUAUCUAUCACUCUAGCUAACUAACUAACUAACUAACUAACUAACUAACUAACUAUUAUUCUAAUCAAUUGUGAAUGCUAACAUGACACUGAACCACCAGUUACCUGACACCUCUAAAGAAAGUAGGUGUGAUCUGCAGCAAGAAAACUUACAGUAUUCUUCCCUUGUACUUUUCAGAAGUGUUAGUAUAAAAUGUAAUUACUGACUAAUUGAUUAAUCAUAUGACUUUUAAUGGUGGCAACAGGUUCCACAAGAACUAUAUCAACAUUCUGUAUUCAUUUUUUAUUAUGGAAAUUGAUUAAUUCCAUACCCAUAUCAAUAUGCUAAUCAUUUAUCUAUGAGUUAUUGAUUUAGUAUCUUUUUGUAAUCCUCCACAUUUAAUUGUGUUACCAGAAGUGUAUAUCUGCUUCUGUGUGUGAUUUAGUGAUGUUGUGAUAGAAAGCAGGGAGAUGACUUUGAG